AUGAUGAGCGAAAAAUGGAUAAAUCCGUGGAUUGGCAUUUGCAAUACGUCUGUUCUCAUCGCAAGUGGAUACGUUCUCUGGGCGUGUGCAGCUAAAAAGGAUAAGACCAUCAACAGUCCACCAUCGGUCGCUUCGAACGAAACAAGACUCCGCCCACCAGUUCCAAGUCAUGAGGCGGCGAAAGUGGAAAAGAAUUCCUCGGUUUCUUCUGAUGAGAAGAAUACGGAUUCAUUGGGUGAACAGGAGAAAGAGAAGAAGAUUUUGAAGGAAGGGAAUAAUAAGAAAGAGAAGAAAAAGAGUAAAAUAUUAGAGGUGAAAGGGUCGGGAGAGGAAGAUGGAGAUGGUAAGAAUACAGGAAGUAAGAGUAAAGAAGAAGAUAAGAUUGAGAAGAAAGAAGAGAAAGGAAAGAAGAAAGAAGGGAGUAAAAGUAGAAAAAGUAAAAAGAGUAAGAUGAAGAUGUUGUUGGAAAAGGAGAAAAGUAGGAAGAGUAAGAAAGCGGCGAAAGAGAAAAAGAAGGAGAAAUCGGAAUCGGAUGAUGAGGAUAACGAGAGACCACCCGAGCCUGGAAGUGAUCCCAGAAAGAUUUGGGCUUUCAAGGCUGCUAAAAUGAAAUGUCAAGCCAUCUGUAAACUGCAUCAAGACAAAAUCAAGGGUUACAUGCCACCGAACUGCACUUACACCGCCUACGAAGCGAAUCCCGACCUCAACAGAUACACGGAUGUUCGUUGUAUCGAGGAGACACGUGUCAUUCUGAAGAACCACGAACGAGACUACAUCCACGCGUCAUGGAUGAGAAUGCCUGGCAAAGAUCAGACGACGUACAUCACCACACAAGGACCACUUCCGGAGACAUUGGCCGACUUUUGGCAUAUGAUUUAUCAGGAGAAGAUCUCGUACGUCUUGAUGUUGUGCACUCUUUUCGAGGGUGGCGUCGAGAAGUGUGUUCUCUAUUAUCCGGAGAAAUUGGGAGAAGUUGUCAAGUUCGGAAGAUACGAGAUCACUCUGACCGAGUGUAAAGAGGAGGCAGUCGCCAACACGACGUGGAAUGCAUUGACUGUCGUCGACACUCUCGAUCAGAAUUCUGAUCCACUCUACAUUAAUCAUGUUCAGGUUCCGUGGUGGCCGGAUCAACUGGCUCCAGAGGAUGCAAGUCCUAUGAUUGCAUUGUAUAAAUGGGUGAAGCAAGUCAAUCCGAAAGGCACUCCGAUUUGUGUUCAUUGUAGUGCUGGUGUCGGAAGAACUGCUACUUUUGUUGGAAUCGACUACGCAACACUCCGUAUCAUGGAGAAUCCAAACAUUGAAAUGGUGGAAAUCGUCCGUGAAAUGCGUUCGAUGCGCUUCCAAGCAGUCCAGUCUCAUAUGCAAUUUCUCUUUCUUUAUGUUGUUUUGAUGCAAUAUUUCAUUGAAGAUGGAAUUAUUGAACGGACUGGACGAAUUGAGGCAUUUAUGAAUCAAUAUAGAAGACAUGCACAGAAGAAAUUGGCGAAACGGGCUGCUCAGAAUCAACAAGGAGAGAAGGCUGCUGCUGAAGAGAAGGAAAAGGAGAAGGCUAAAGUAUAA